AUGGACAUCACCGUUCGCGUCGAGGUGCAGUACGUGGUCCCCGAGCACGCGCUCAUCCGGGACGUGCUGCAGAUGUUCCGCACGCCCGCGUGGGUGCGCUUCAUGGUGCGCUACAUCUCGCCGCACCUCAAGAACGCCGCGCCCGCGGACAAGUCCGUCAUGGACAGCCUGGCCGCCUGGACCGUCGGCCACCACCAGCGCCCGGCCGCGGUCGGCGCCAAGCGCGCGUGCAGCUCUGGCACCAAGCGCCCAAUUUCCAGCGUCUCCUCGGCCUCCCCGUGCGCCGACGACUGCGUCAUCUGCCUGAGCGAGCUGCAGAGCGGCAACGACGAGUUCGUGGCGCUUCCCUGCGGCCACCAGUUCCACCUGCCGUGCAUCCGCUCGUGGCUCAAGCUGCGCAGCACGUGCCCCAGCUGCCGCUUCCAGUUCCGCAAGGCCUUCUCGGGCAGCUACGCCGUGCGCACGCUCAACUCGGCGCUGCUGCUCAAGCAGGAGCACCGGCCGCUGCCCAAGGAGGAGAUCCUCAACACGUGCGUGGGCCGCGAGACCGUGCGCGCCGUCGUCAACGUGACGCUCAGCCAGAUCGCCGCGCACGCCAAGCAGAGCCAGUACCCGUGCGUGCUCAACGCGCUCAUGAUGCACUCGAACGGCGACAGCUUCACGGAGGCCGCCGCGCCCGACGCGGCGCUGGCCAAGAGCAGCGGCGACCACGAGCGCGGCGACGACGGCAACAGCGAGCCGCGCGCCAAGCGUCUGCGUGUGGCCUAG